UUGUUCUCUACAUGGUUCGAACGAGCGUCCAUGCUGGUGAUCCUGCUGAACUGUGUGACUCUGGGCAUGUUUCAUCCCUGUGAGGACAUCGACUGCGACUCUGAGAGGUGCAAGAUCCUGCAGGACUUUGAUGACUUCAUCUUUGCGUUCUUUGCCAUUGAGAUGGUGAUCAAGAUGGUGGCUCUGGGGAUUUUUGGCAAGAAGUGUUACCUUGGAGACACGUGGAACCGCCUGGACUUCUUCAUAGUAUUGGCUGGGAUGUUGGAGUACUCCCUCGACCUGCAGAAUGUCAGCUUUUCAGCGGUGAGGACGGUUCGCGUGCUGAGACCUCUGAGAGCCAUCAACCGAGUCCCAAGUAUGCGCAUCCUGGUGACCCUGCUGCUGGACACCUUGCCCAUGCUGGGUAACGUGCUGCUGCUCUGCUUCUUUGUCUUCUUCAUAUUCGGCAUCGUGGGCGUCCAGCUGUGGGCCGGCCUGCUCAGAAACCGCUGCUUUGUGGAAGACAACUUCUCCUUCCCUCUCACCGUGGAGUUAGGGAAAUACUACCACACUGAAAAUGACGACGAGAACCCCUUCAUCUGCUCUCAGCCCCGAGAGAACGGCAUGAGGGACUGCAGCUCGGUGCCCAAGCUGUAUGAGGAAGGAGGCCUGCAGUGCAAUCUAGACAUGUACUCUUACAACACCACUGACAACACCACCUGCGUCAACUGGAACCAGUAUUACACCAACUGCUCCGCUGGUUUGGUCAACCCCUUCAAGGGAGCCAUCAACUUUGACAACAUCUGCUACGCCUGGAUUGCCAUCUUUCAGGUGAUCACUCUGGAGGGCUGGGUGGACAUCAUGUACUUUGUGAUGGAUGCUCACUCCUUCUACAACUUCAUCUACUUCAUCCUACUCAUCAUUAUUGGCUCAUUCUUCAUGAUCAACCUGUGCCUGGUGGUCAUCGCUACUCAGUUCUCAGAGACCAAGCAGAGGGAGAGUCAGCUGAUGAAGGAGCAGCGAGUGCACUUCAUGUCUAACGCCAGCACUCUGGCCUCCCUCUCCGAGCCGGGCUCCUGCUACGACGAGCUGCUCAAGUACCUGGUUCACAUCAUCCGCAAGGGAGCCAAACAAGUGGCUCACAUCUGCAGGCUCCUGGCUCGCCGUGCCGGGCUCAACAUCGCCGCCUCGCCCCCGGCCACGGAUCCCCAACGCAGCCAGAGACGGAGGAGGAAGUCCUCCCGGCAGGGAUCUGUGUCAGUUCAUCACAUGAUGCACCAUCAUCACCAUCACCACCACCACUACCAUCUGCGGAAUGGCAGUGUGAGGGGAGGGGGGAGCAUCAGGUGUCUGGAGGGUAGGGAUGUGGAAGCUGGUGCUCAUAACAACAACAGAGGAGCCCUUGUAGCAACCGCCAGCAGUGGACACCUUGCUUUAGCCCCGCCCCCUUCAGUGACAGCAGCCACCUCUGAUACAAACCUGGCCACUUUAUCCAAUCCUGCUGCAGGACCUGCAGAUUCACCUUUAGUUUGCAGUGUAUUCCACACAGAAACUCUUCACUGUACCCCCACGCCCACAAACCUGGGGCCGACCAGGGGCUCCUUCUCCCUAGCCCCGGCUCCCAUGUCCCAUAGGGUCAUGAAGAGGAACUCUGUACCCUUUGCUGCUCCAGGUCCUAAAAACUACCCGACUCUGCAGGCUCGAGCCCUGGCAGAGUCCAGACGAGGGAGCGCUGCAGCCAGCACUCUGACCAACAUCAGCUUCAACCUGAAUAUCCCACCCAUGCCCAUGGAGAGACGACCAUCGAGUCUGGUGGACACACACACUCCCACAGCCCAGCUCUCCUGCCAGCUGUCGGCUUGUGACCUCAGCAGCACCAGCAGUGCCAUGGACGCGGCCGCUUUGACGUUCGACCCCGAGAGUUGCCCCUACUGUGCCAAGGCUCUAGCCAACGAGGCGGAGGGUGGCACUGAGGGCAACGAGACCCCCGGAGAUUCCGACAGCGAGGGCAUAUAUGAGUUCACCCAGGACCUCCAUCACAGGGACAGGAAAGACAGCCGGCAGCCCAAAAAGAAGCAUUGCCGGCUGGGCAAAACGGCGGCCAAGGUCGUUCACUUCUGGAGGCUGGUGUGCGACACGUUCAGGAAGAUCGUGGACAGCAAGUAUUUUGGGCGAGGGAUUAUGAUCGCCAUUCUGAUCAAUACCCUGAGCAUGGGCAUCGAGUACCAUGAGCAGCCUGAUGAGUUGACCAAUGCAUUGGAGAUCAGUAACAUUGUGUUCACCAGCCUGUUCUCUCUGGAGAUGCUGCUGAAGGUCUUGGUCUAUGGGCCUUUUGGCUACAUCAAGAACCCCUACAAUAUCUUCGAUGGCAUCAUCGUGGUCAUCAGUGUAUGGGAGAUCGUGGGUCAGCAGGGUGGCGGCCUGUCGGUGCUGAGGACCUUCCGGCUGAUGCGGGUGCUGAAGCUGGUCCGUUUCAUGCCGGCCCUUCAGAGGCAGCUGGUGGUCCUGAUGAAGACCAUGGACAACGUGGCCACCUUCUGCAUGCUGCUCAUGCUCUUUAUCUUCAUCUUCAGUAUCCUGGGUAUGCAUCUGUUUGGUUGUAAGUUUGGGUCUGAGAGGGAUGGAGACACUCUACCAGACAGGAAGAACUUUGACUCUCUUCUCUGGGCAAUAGUGACUGUAUUCCAGAUCCUAACCCAGGAGGACUGGAACAAAGUGUUAUAUAAUGGCAUGGCAUCCACCUCUCCCGUAGCUGCCCUCUACUUCAUCGCGCUCAUGACCUUUGGCAAUUACGUCCUCUUCAACUUGCUGGUGGCCAUCUUGGUCGAGGGUUUCCAGACUGAGGAAGUGUCCAAGCGGGAGGACUUGCAUGCCCAGCUGAGCCUAAUUCAGCUGCCUGUAGACUCAGGGGGUGAUGCUUCUAAAUCGGGUUCGGAGAUCGAUUCCUGCGCACGAAGUAUGGAGGAUGUCAACGGCAGCAAGAAGGAUUUAUCAGCCUCUGCAGUAGUGCCUGUAAAUGGCCACGUGGACCUGAAGACCAGCCUGACUCCACCUUUAAUUACCCACACGGCUGCCACCCCCAUGCCCAUCCCCAAGUUGCCGGUCUGUGGUGACCCCAUCGUGGGCUACGAGUCCCGUCGAGGCAGCAACGUCUCCAUAGACCCAGCCUGCUAUGACAAAUCACCGACCAGUGCGCGGAGCACUUCCCCCUGUGCCCCAUGGAACUCUGGCAGUGGCUGGACCAGCCGUCGUUCCAGCUGGAACAGCCUGGGUCGCGCCCCGUCACUCAAAAGGCAGAAGCGGCAGUCUGGGGAACGACGGUCUCUCCUUUCCGGGGAGGGUGGCUCCAGCUCGGAAGAGGGGGAAGGUGGAGGAGAAGGAGGAGGUGGGUUGAUGGAGGAAGAUGACGCCUCUCUGGCCAGGACGGACUCCAUGUCCAAGUCGCAAAGAGGGCCCCGACACCGGAGGAUGGAGUCAGUGGAGACUCGGAGCUCCAUGGAUUUACCCCCUGAUGCUCUGCUGCAGGUAGAUGCUGUGUAUCCAACAGCUCAGGUUCCCUAUCUGUACCGCUCAGCCAGUAUGCACAGCUCCAGACCCCCCUCACUGGGCCAGUUACGGCCCCCAGAGCACAGUGACUGCAAUGGGAAGGGCUCUUUGCCAGUCCUGGGCCCCACACAUGUCUCUCUGGAGGACAACACUGAAGACGAAAAUGCAGAAGAUGAGGCCAGCAUGGGUCGCUUUGCUAGACUGUUCCGCUGGCUGGAGAAGAAACAACCAGAGUGGUGUCGACAGCGAGACACAUGGUCACUCUACCUCUUCCCUCCAGAGUCGAGGUUUCGGAUCCUGUGCAAUAAGAUCAUCAACCACAAGAUGUUCGACCACAUUGUGUUGGUCAUCAUCUUCCUCAACUGCAUCACUAUCGCAAUGGAGAGGCCUCGCAUCGACCCCACCAGUGCUGAGCGGAUCUUCCUAAAUUUGUCCAACUACAUCUUCACGGCGAUCUUUGUGGCUGAGAUGACCGUAAAGAUUGUGGCUUUGGGAUGGUGUUUCGGGGACAAGUCCUACCUGAGGAGCAGCUGGAACAUUCUGGAUGGGAUGCUGGUGAUGAUUUCUGUUAUUGACAUCCUGGUGUCGCUCAUCUCCAAUUCUGGUACUAAGAUCUUGGGCAUGCUCAGAGUGCUGAGGCUGCUGAGGACCCUGAGGCCGCUACGUGUGAUCAGCAGAGCCCCGGGGCUGAAGCUGGUGGUGGAGACUCUGAUGUCAUCGCUGAAGCCCAUUGGCAACAUCGUGGUCAUAUGCUGCGCCUUCUUCAUCAUCUUUGGCAUCCUGGGAGUGCAGCUCUUCAAGGGAAAGUUCUUUGUUUGUCAAGGAGAAGAUGUUAGGAACAUCACCAACAAGUCGGACUGUUUGCAGGCCAACCACAAAUGGGUCAGACACAAGUACAACUUUGACAACCUGGGACAGGCAUUGAUGUCUCUGUUUGUUCUGGCGUCAAAAGACGGCUGGGUGGAUAUUAUGUAUGACGGACUAGACGCUGUAGGAGUCGACAAACAGCCCAUUAUGAACUACAACCCAUGGAUGCUGCUGUACUUCAUCUCCUUCCUGCUGAUUGUGGCCUUCUUCGUGCUCAACAUGUUUGUGGGCGUGGUCGUGGAGAACUUCCACAAGUGCCGGCGCCACCAGGAGGCCGAGGAGGCCAAGCGCAGGGAGGAGAAGAGACUGAAACGCAUGGAGAAAAAGAGACGGAAAGCUCAGAGUAAGCCUUACUACUCCGAUUACUCCCCCACUCGCCUGCUCAUCCACAAGAUGUGCACCAGCCACUACCUGGACCUGUUCAUCACCAUCGUCAUAGGGCUCAACGUCAUCACCAUGUCCAUGGAGCACCACCAGCAGCCUAAGAAGUUGGAAGAGGCACUGAAGAUCUGUAACUACAUCUUCACCCUCAUCUUUGUUCUGGAGUCUGUCUUCAAGCUGGUGGCCUUCGGCUUCCGACGCUUCUUCAAGGACAAGUGGAACCAGCUGGAUCUGGCCAUCGUGCUGUUGUCCAUCAUGGGCAUCACUCUGGAGGAGAUUGAUGGCAAUGCUUCUCUGCCCAUCAACCCAACCAUCAUCCGCAUCAUGAGAGUGCUGAGGAUCGCACGAGUAUUGAAGCUCUUGAAGAUGGCGGUGGGGAUGAGAGCUUUGUUGGACACCGUUAUGCAAGCCCUGCCUCAGGUGGGGAAUCUGGGUCUUCUCUUCAUGCUUCUCUUCUUUAUCUUUGCAGCGCUGGGAGUAGAGCUGUUUGGUGACUUGAUUUGUGAUGAGCUCCACCCAUGUGAAGGUCUGGGGCGCUAUGCUACAUUCAGAAACUUUGGGAUGGCAUUUCUGCUGCUCUUCAGAGUUUCCACUGGAGACAACUGGAAUGGCAUAAUGAAGGACACGCUGAGGGACUGUGGCAGCAGCACCACCUGCUACAACACUGUGGUCUCGCCCAUCUACUUCGUCUCCUUCGUUUUGACCGCUCAGUUUGUCCUGGUCAACGUUGUCAUUGCCGUCCUGAUGAAGCACCUAGAGGAGAGCAACAAGGAAGCCAAGGAGGAGGCGGAGAUGGAGGUGGAGUUGGAACUGGAGAACAGGCUCCUGGCAGAAGCGGGAGACAUGGCGGCAAGGUCACCCCAGCUCAACCCCCUGGCAUUGGGCAUGGACAGGUCAAGUUCGGGGGGUUCCCCCUGGAGAUCCACUGGAGGAGGGGACAGGGAGCAGGAAAGGGACGGUCCUAUGGACUCACCCACUGCUGAUAUAACCAGAGACUCUGUAAACAUCAGAGCAGAACCCCCUUCAUGCCCGGAGCCCCCACUGGAGUCUGAGCAGCUCGAUCCUGGGGAGCCACUGGAGGACAACCUGCUGAGCGUCAGGAAGCCCGCAGUGGGACGCACACACUCCCUACCCAAUGACAGCUACAUGUUCCUCCCCCUGCAGCCCCUUGGUGACACAGCUCCAGCACAGCUUCAAGCACAGGCACAGGGGCCCCAGUACAUACUGGGUACCCACAGGGCCCAAUCAGGCUCCACUGGCUCGGUGCGUUCACAACCGGACGAGGUUUCCCAGCAGCUGACCGUUCCCACAGACCUCUUCAGACCCAUCAGCCCCCACAGCCACUCAGACUCGGAGAGUAUACCACCACUACCCCCUCCCAGACGCACACAUACACUCAGCCGUACGCUUCGCAGACAGGUUGCAGUGUCUACUGAUUCUCAGGAGGCCCUGUGUUCAGAUGGAGGGGAGAGCAAUGAAGGACUUUUAAAUGUGGCCUCUCUGGGCCUCCCUCCAUCCCCCUCCACCUCCUCCCCCACCAACUCUCCCUCACCCUGCUCCCAUCAUCAUCAGCAGCCUGCUCUCUGCCUGGUCCCCGCCACACCAGGCGCCUCCCCUAAACCCUCCCGCCCCAGCAGCGUGCACACCCAGCUUCACAACCAGCACUGCCUCGCCUCCUCCUACCCUUCCUCCUCCUCGCCUCCUCCCCCAUUACCAGCUAGGCCGCACCAACAGGAUGAACCCUCUGUGGAUCAGGAAGUGUCCCUCAUUACCUGUGCAGGGUUGGCUUGCAGUGAUGACAUCGUGGCGGAGGACACUGGCGAUAGCGUUAACGAGGGUUACAGCAGCUACGCAGGCUGCCGGCAAAGUCCAUGUUUGAGGCAGCUGAAGAGGUUCCACAGUGCUGACACGCAGGGCCGCAGCGCCCUCCCGCCCCGUCUCCGCCCUUACUCCUGGUUGGAUGACCCACGACGCCACUCUGUAGAGGUAUGCCCCUCAGUGGAGUCCAGCCCACAGCGCAGCACCACCUCCACCUCCUCCGGCUUUGUGUCACGUGCCAAUAGCCUGCAGAUACACAGCCAGACCCCCAUUCAGACCACACUGCCCUCACCCCGACGCAAGAAGAAGAUGAGCCCGCCCUGCAUCUCCGUGGACCCACCUGACGGACUUGAGCCUCAGGCUGGCCUCUUCCCAUGUUCUGGUGGAAUAGGGAUGCCCCCUCCUCUGCCAAGCCGGGACACCUGCCUGAGGAGGAGAGCGCCCUCUAGUGACUCCAAGGACUCCUUUGACCUGGGAGUCGGAGAGGGUUCGGGACAGGACGGAGGCUCGCCCAACCCCAACAACAACCCCAAACUAUUGACUCUUCCCAGUUUCUCCUUUGAGAAGACAAGCCCUGAGCACUGAACACUGAUACUCCAACACACAGAUACACACACGCACACAGCAGGACGAACCCUCCACACACACACAAACACACGAUGCACUCUGUGGAUCUGUGAUGGUGAUAGUUCUAGUAAUAAUGCUGUAGAGAGUAAUAAUGGUAAAACUACAACAAACAGUGAAAACAUCCUUGGUUUCAUAAGGAGUGCAGUACUGUGGUAGUGUGACCAUCCCUUGUCUUUGUAUUGUUACUGCCAAAACAACGAGAGAAGAAGAGAACAAAUCAAACAACAACCAGACUGUUUCUCUUCUGCUACGCCUGCAUGCCACUGGCUGCAGCUUGACCCCUUAACCUCUGGAGUGACAUCAGCACCUGGGAUUUGGCGCCCUCUGUGGUUGCCAUCUGAACUGCCUGGUGUUGCGCAGGGUGGGCUUUGCCCAGCCAGUGGAGGUACAAAGCAAUAUGAACGUUUUAGAGACACUAUUUUCUUAAAUUAUUGGGCCAUAGUGUUUGUACAGGAUGUUGUUUUUUAAUUUCAUUCGAUUGUUAUUUUCAUGUCUUUUUUGUGAUUUUUUCUUUUUUUGUCAAAAUGGUUUGUCUCUGUCUCUUUUUUUCACUGUAGGAUAUUUCUAGCUUUCUUGGUUUACUGAGGAAAGUGAACGUUUUUCAAAGUGCUGAAA